AAGCUGGGGGGCUGCUGUGUGCCCUCCUUAGCCCUAGUUUGAGCUAGAGAAGUGCGGGGACCCUGAUGCCACCAAUCUGCUGAGGAAGAAGCAGGCUGACUUCUUUCUGGCCCAGGGACCAUAUGGCUUUGGGGGUUGUGACUUCAGCUCCCUAAAUGACAGGCCACCUGGAGCCUCUCUCGAUGCUGACAUGGUGACGGCAGAGCCACAGGCAGCCACGGCCGAACCGGAGCUCCGACUACAGAUUGGCUCACAGGGUCAAGGCAGAAGGUUCGAGGGCUGGGCAAGCUCCUAGAAGGUCCGUUUCUUUUCCAGAGACUAACCCAGUACUGCCCUUGGGAAGGAGUCCUCCGAGGAGCCCCCAUAACCUCAUGCUCGAGGCCAGAGUGGACAUGCUCGGCUCCAACAUGAUCAUCAGUGGCCCGGCUGCAGACCUCGGUGCUAACGAGGCCAGCAGGCCCUCCAAGAAGCAGCUUGGUAGUGUCCAGAACGCUGGACUACCUGCCUGCGCCCGAGCCCAGCCCCUCAGCAUAAAGGACAAGAUAUCCAAGUGGGAAGGCAAGGAGGAGUCGCCUGCUCCUGAGCCUGCCAGGGAAGCAGAUGGCCAAGAGAACUACUUGCCACCCUGCAGCGGGGCAGAGAGGAGAGGCAGCGAGGUCACCGGAACAAGGAACGGAAUGAGGCUGGAAGCAGAGAGCUUGGGGAAUGACAGCAGAAAGACAGGGAGACCCGUGUGUCGGGACACGGAGCGGCGGUGGCCAGGCCUGUGGCAGAACGACGGGCAGCCAGAGCCCGGCCAGCACCGAGGUCUCGAGCUGAAGCCCAGUGACCUACGCCUUCAGAGCGACCAUCUCUCGGUGCUGAAACAGGUCAAGAGACUGGAGAAGGCCCUGAAGGACGGCUCUGCUGGCUUGGACCCCCAGCCGCCGGGGACCUGUUAUUCCCCCCACUGCCUACCCGACAAAACAGAGGAGGACCAGCCCACCCCGGAGAGCCGUGGAAGUGGGGGUGCCUUAGCAGCUGGCCGGAGGACCCACCGUUUGGAGGGCAGCGAGCCAGGCCCCGAGGUCUCAGGGGAGUCGAAAGGCCGGGAGAGUGUGUACAGGGGCUCCAGGCGGUACCCCCCAAAGCCUUUCAUCAAUCCCCUCCCCAAGCCCCGCAGAACGUUCACACAUGCUGGAGAGGGGGACAAGGACGGGGGCCUGGGCAUCAGCUUCAGAAGGGACAAGAGAAGCCUGCCUCCCCUGCCCUCGCUGCCUCCCCCUCCCCCUCCCCCGCCGCUGCCCUCCUCGCCCCCUCCCUCCUCGGUGGAUAGAAGACUGUGGACCGGGAGACAGAGAGCCAGUGCUGACCACAGAAAGUCCUAUGAGUUUGAAGACUUACAGCAGUCUUCCUGUGAGAGCAGCAGGGUGGAUUGGUAUGCACAGACCAAGCUGGGACUCGCACGCACUUUAUCGGAGGAGAACGUCUACGAAGACAUCCUAGAUCCACCCAUGAAGGAAAACCCUUAUGAGGACAUCGAGUUACACGGCCGCUGCCUGGGCACGAAGUGUGUCUUGGCUUUCCCGGCUUCUCCCACAUCCUCCAUCCCGGACACGCCCACCAAGCAGGCCUUGUCCAAGUCUGCAUUUUUCCGGCAAAAUUCGGAAAGAAGAAGCUUCAAACUGCUGGACACCAGGAAGCUGAGCCGGGAUGCGACUGGGUCCCCUGUGAGGGCCAGCCCUCCUUCUACGCCCAGCAGCCCGGAUGACACUUUCUUUAACCUCGGAGACCUGCAGAAUGGCAGGAAGAAGAAAAUGAUCCCCAGGCUGGUGUUGCGGAUCAAUGCCAUCUACGAGGCCCGGAGAGGAAAGAAACGUGUGAAGAGGCUAUCCCAGUCGACGGAGAGCAACUCAGGGAAAGUGACAGAUGAGAACAGCGAGUCCGACAGCGACACUGAGGAGAAGCUGAAAGCUCACAGCCGGCGCCUGGUCAAUGUGAAGUCACGCCUCAAGCAGGCCCCUCGGUACUCAUCGCUGGACCGGGAUCUCAUCGAGUACCAGGAGAGGCAACUCUUCGAGUACUUUGUGGUCGUGUCUCUGCACAAGAAGCAGGCAGGGGCUGCCUAUGUGCCAGAACUCACCCAGCAGUUUCCUCUGAAGUUGGAAAAGUCAUUCAAGUUCAUGAGAGAGGCUGAGGACCAACUGAAGGCUAUUCCGCAGUUCUGCUUCCCUGAUGCCAAGGACUGGGCUCCGGUCCAGGAGUUUAGCAGCGAAACGUUCUCAUUUGUCUUAACUGGAGAAGACGGGAGCAGAAGGUUCGGUUAUUGCCGGAGACUGCUGCCUGGAGGCAAAGGGAAGCGGCUUCCUGAAGUUUACUGCAUCGUGAGCCGUCUGGGAUGCUUCAGCCUCUUUUCAAAGAUCUUGGACGAGGUGGAAAAGAGAAGAGGCAUCUCCCCUGCUCUGGUGCAGCCCCUCAUGAGGAGUGUCAUGGAAGCCCCUUUCCCAGCCCUGGGCAAAACCAUCGUCGUCAAGAACUUCCUGCCAGGCUCGGGGACCGAGGUGAUUGAGCUGUGCCGUCCCCUGGACUCCCGACUGGAGCACGUGGACUUUGAGUGUCUUUUCUCCUCCCUCAGCGUCCGACACUUGGUCAGUGUUUUUGCCUCCCUGCUUCUGGAAAGGAGGGUCAUCUUCAUUGCGGACAAACUCAGCACGCUGUCCACGUGCUGCCACGCCGUGGUGGCGCUCAUCUACCCCUUCAGCUGGCAGCACACCUACAUCCCCGUGCUGCCCCCUGCCAUGAUUGACAUCGUGUGCUCCCCCACGCCCUUCCUCAUCGGGCUGCUCUCCAGCUCGCUGCCGCUGCUCAGGGAGCUGCCACUGGAAGAGGUUCUUGUGGUCGAUCUCAUCAAUGAUCGGUUCCUCAGACAGAUGGAGGACGAGGAUUCCAUCCUGCCCCGGAAGCUUCAGGUAGCCCUGGAACACAUUCUGGAACAGAGGAAUGACCUGGCCUGUGACCAGGAUGGAGGCCCGCUAGACUGUGUGCAUGGCCCUGAGUCCAGCCCCUUGAACGAAGUGGUGUCGGAAGCCUUUGUCCGGUUCUUUGUGGAGAUGGUGGGUCACUACUCCUUGUUCAUGACAUCAGGCGAGGAGAGGAGCCUGCAGCGAGAGGCUUUCCGCAAAGCCGUGUCCUCUAAGAGCCUGCGGCGGUUUCUGGAAGUCUUCAUGGAGACCCAGACGUUCCGAGGCUUCAUCCAGGAACGGGAACUACGCAGGCAGGACGCCAAAGGUCUGUUUGAGGUCCGAGCCCAGGAGUACCUGGAAACCUUGCCCAGCGGAGAGCACAGCGGAGUCAAUAAGUUCCUCAAGGGUCUGGGCAACAAAAUGAAGUUUCUCCAUAAGAAAUAACCCUCCUCUUGGCUCAAGGAGAACCUCUCCCAGGGGGACCAUAGGCUUCUAACAGCGUUCUGCGAGGCCGUAGGCCGUCCCCACCUCCUCCCAGGGUGGGGCCUGUGAGCUGGGCAGGCGGCGGAUGCUCAGGGCAGCCCUGGAAGGCACCUACCAACUCGCAACUGUUGCUACUGUGGUUGGGCUCUGGCAUCUUCAUAUCUUAGAUAUUAAAAGAGAAGAAGGAGAAAGGUGUUUGGGUCUUCAUUCUGUCUUGCUAGGGCUAAGAAGAGUCUCUCCCGCCCCCUCCCAUCUUUUCUGGGUCAGCCUUUGACAGCUGCGGAGCCAGGAGAGGGAGGAGACAGGAAGAGUAGCUGCCAUCGAAGUUAUCUUAAAGAGAUGCGGCUGCCAGCCACCCCGGUUCUUCCCGGCUGGUCUAUGACGCCACCUGGUGGCAGAGACUGUGGCCUUCACUAUUCUUGACUGGGGUUUUGUGGUUUUUUCCUUUGCCCCUUAGAAAGAAGUCACAUAGAACUCUUCUUGCCCCAACAGCCCGUGGGCGUUUAGGGACACGUGCAACGAGAAAACCUUGUUAAUUGUUAAUAAAAUGUUCUUAGGGACCUGAAAUUUAUAUAUCCUGUGGCCUAACCCCGCUGCGGUGACCCUAUUCCUCCUAGCCAACAUAGAUGGGAGUGGCUGGUUCUCUUACAGAGAGGGAGGAGCCUGAGGAGGUCAGUCAGCUGACCUGUGGGGAACACUGGGAGUCUGCGAGAGCCCUGUGUGCAGCCCGGGAAGGUUCUCAGGCGGGCCGCGGGCUACCACCCCUCCACUGCCCGGUGGCUGCUCGGUGACCUGGCCUGGAGCGGGACAGGAUUGACGGGGGUGUGGCUGAGACGCUCGGGGAAGCCAGAGUAAGAAUGUGAGCUUGGGGCUCACACGAAGUGCCUCUGUUUAGUUAACUUCACUGAGGGCAAUAUUCUGUGUGUUUUUAUAUUGCCCAUAAGUGACCACUUUUAGUAUUUUGGAAUAUACAUUCUUUUCUAACUUAUUUUCUAUUCUACUGUUUUACUUAAGAACUCCAAGUGAAUGAAUAAAUAAGUAAAUAAAUAUCUUUAUCAGCAUUCCUAGUGAGUGUAUAACACUCUAUUUUUAUGAAUGUCUUUGUACUUGGCAAAAACAAAAAUAAACUUGGGGAUACUUGCUA